GCGUAAUAGGAAACAGUUUGCCGAGUGACAUGUCAGUAAAUGAAUAACCAACCGGAAAUAAACGUGCGUAAAGUGUACAAAAAAGUUUAUCAAUGUUUCGAGAGUGAAUUUUUAUUUAUUAAAACAUAAAAUACUAGGUUUUAAGAUGUAUUUAAUAUGGCCUCUAAUACUAGUACUUAUUUCACAAGAGUGCUCAAGCCAAGAUGACGAAGGGCCUUACAGGGGCAAAUAUAUAGGGAAACUGAACUCCUACCAUCACCAGGUGUCGGGGGAGGUGUAUGCGGUGGACGACUGGACGCUGCUGCUGGUGGACUUCAACUACGACGGGACGGGGGAUGACACAUUCUUCUGGGCGGGGGACUCUGGCCGGCCGGGGCCACUGGGGUUCAUUGUCGCUGAUCAGAAUGGCAAGACCAACAUCCUGGAGCGCUACAACAACGAGGAGAUCCGCCUCAAGCUGCCGGACGGCAAGAAGGUGUCGCGCAUCUCGUGGUUCGCGGUGUACGACCUGGCGUCGCAGAACGCGUUCGGCGACGUGUACGUGCCGGAGGAGUUCGAGGCGCCCGCGCCGCGCAGCCUCACGCCCUUCGUGGCGGCGCCCGGCGUGCGCCUGUCCAGCCAGCCCGUGCAGUUCCUGGACGCUUCCACCUUCCUGAUCCCGGACUUCCACUACGACGGCAGCGGAGAGGAAGUGUACUUCUGGACGGGCGUGGGCCCGCAGCCCUCGUCGCGCGGCAGCAAGAUCCCCGACGAAGAUGGAUACUUGGAGCCUCUGCGUGAGUACGAGGGCGAGGACGUGCGCCUGGCGCUGCCGGGCGGCCGCACCGUGUUCGAGGUGGACUGGAUCUCGGUGUACGACGUGCGCAGCAAGACCAGCCUCGCCGCCGUGCUCGUGCCCGACGCGCUCAACGUGCCGCCCGCGCCCGUGCGCACGCACGCGCACAGGUCGACGCUGCCGCGCUGCCAGCAGCUGCACCGCGACUACCAGGUGUCGUGGGAGGUGUUCGGCAGCCAGAUCACCAUCCAGCUGGCGGCCUUCAUGGGCGACGACGAAUACAUGGCUUUCGGCAUAUCGGGCUCCACCACGCGCUCGCAGAUGGCGGGCGCGGACGUGGCGGUGGCGUCGUUCGACCGCCGCUUCCAGCGCGGCUUGGCGACGGACUACAACAUCACCGCUAUAGCACCGUGCGUGCAGGUGCUGGGGCGCUGGCAGGGCGUGUGUCGCGACGACCGCAUCGGCGGCCUGGACUCCAACCAGGUGUUCAGCGCCAGCCGCGAGGACGGCCUCACGGUCAUCAGCUACCGGCGCGGGCUGCAGCCAGCGGAGGAGAUGGACCGCGAGUGGGCGACGGAGCGCUCGGUGUUCGUGGUGUGGGCGGUGGGGCCGCUGGACCACGCGCGCGAGCCCGCCUUCCACCGCCUCUACCCGCGCACCGACAUCCAGCUCGUGCUCAACCAGAACACACAGGAGAACGACUGCUUCGACUUCAUCACCGGCACCCGCCCCAAGCCUGCCGGCUGGGAGCGCGCGGAGCUGUUCGACCCGGCGCUGCGCGUGUUCCGCCUCACGCUGGGCCCGGCGGGGGGCCCGCGGGGGCUGGCGGCGCGCAUCCCGGCCGCGCCGCACCGCGCUUGGUACGUCAACGGCCAGCUGGCGCCCGACCUGCAGCUGCGGCGGGGACUCACCUACACCUUCCAGGUGAGCGGCGGCGACGACCCUCACUCCGCAGCGCUGUACCACCCGCUCGUCAUCACCACGGAGCCGCACGGCGGCCUGGAGCGCCUGCAGGACGCCGACCAGCACAGCGUGCGCGUGCUGGCGGGCACGCGCCACACGCGCCGCGGCCGCCUGAGCCCCACUGCGGCGGGCGGGCUGUGCGUGGGCGAGCGCGCGGCCGGGCGCGACGCGCGGCGCGACGUGGCGUACGAUACGUUCCGCGCCUUCAACCGCACGCUGACGUGGCGCUGCAGCGGCGCGCCCGCCGUGCUCACUGUGGCCCCCAACUCUACGUGGCCGGACAGAGUGUACUACCACUCCUUCAUGCACGCGGACAUGGGCGGUCGCAUCUUCGUGGUGGAUCGCCACCGCCGCAACAUCGCGCGCGGCGCCGCGGCGCGCCCGGCGCCCCUCUCGCUCGCACUCCUGCUGCCCGCUAUUCUCCUCUCGCUCCUCUACCGGCGAUGACCUUAGGACGAAAGAGAAGCCUAAUGCCUAGCUGACGCGCUCCGGCUUCGCUCAUAUGCAAUUUGUGGAAGGUGUACAUGAUAAGGAGAACUUACACGCAAAAUCUCAUGUAUACAUCUCUAGCGCCAGAGAUUUGAGCCAAGCGUUGAUCUGUCAGCCAGUCAGUUAUAUUACGUGCUUAAUGGGGUUACUCCGUUUAUCAUCCCCAGGGUGGAUACUCGGAAUCGCGAGUUCAUCUAUUUGUAUUCGCUCUAGACGGGGUAUAGUCAUUCACUUAUGAUUGUUCUUCAGACUUUUUACCCCAAGUACCUACAGUUCAACAGUAAUAAAAAUGAUUUUUAAAAAUAAU